AUGGGGAACGGGUCGAUGAAAUCAAAGCGUUACAAGCACACGGAUGGCUCCGCUGCCGCCCCCAACGGCCGGGCCCACAAAGAUCAAGGUGGCAGGCACAAAAAGUUGUCCCUGGACUCCCUGAGGGCCCGGCUGGAGGAGCUAGAGCGAGAGGGCAAGAGGAAGGAUGAGGAGCUUAGCGCCAAAGAGCAGCAGAUCCGAGGUCUGCAGGAGCAGCUGGCCCGGCAGACGCGAGCUCUGGCCGAGCUGAGCGAGGAGCUGCAGAACAAGUGCAUCCAGCUCAACAAGCUGCAGGACGUGAUGAAGAACCAGAGCGGAGCCUCGGCCAGUCCGGCAUCGCGGCCUCCUUCCGUCAAAGCCAGCGGGAAGGGCAGCCCCAACCUCGGCGUUCGCAUCAAGGCGUCCCUCAACAGAAGGAAAGGGGCCAAAUCUGGGGUGUCAGCCGAACCCACAUCCAGGACCUACGACUCCAGCAGCCUGCCCAAGUUCUCCUUCGAGAACGCGCGGGUACCGAAGGAUGCGAGUGUGAAGAAGCUGCUGACAGACGCCCUGAACAAGAACCAGUAUCUGAGGAGGCUGGAGCUGCAGCAGAUCAAAGACAUGGUGGAGUGCAUGUAUGAGCGCACCUACCAGCAGGGAGAGUACGUCAUCAAGCAGGGAGAGCCUGGGAACCAUCUGUUUGUCCUGGCAGAUGGGAAGCUGGAUGUGUUUCAACAUAACAAACUGCUCACAUCGAUAACGGUGUGGACCACUUUUGGGGAAUUAGCCAUUCUGUACAACUGCACACGGACGGCAUCAGUGCGAGCGGUGAACAAAGUGUGGACGUGGGCUUUGGAUCGGGAGGUGUUUCAGAACAUCAUGAGGAGGACGGCCGAGACGCGACACGAACAGUACCGAAACUUCCUCCGAAGUGUUUCACUCUUGGCCAAUCUACCGGAGGACAAGCUGAGCAAAAUAGUGGACUGCCUCGAGGUGGAAUACUAUGACAUGGGAGAGUAUGUCAUCCGGGAGGGAGAGGAGGGCAGCACCUUCUACAUCAUCGCACAGGGAAAGGUGAAGGUGACCCAGACCACCGAGGCCCACAAGGUGCCGCAGAUCAUUAACACACUGCAGAAGGGAGACUACUUUGGAGAGAAAGCACUCAUAAGCGAUGAUGUCAGGUCGGCGAAUAUCGUCGCUGAUGAAAACGGGGUGGAGUGCCUUGUCAUCGACAGAGAGACAUUUGAUCAGACAGUGGGAACCUUCAAUGAGCUGCAGAAGUACCUCCAAGGCUACGUGGCAACACUUGAUCGUGACGACAAGAAGAGACAUGCCAGGAGGUCGGUGUCGCGCCACCAGAGUCAGCCGCUGUCUCCCGAUGUCAUCCAGCUGAAGGACAUGGUGUCGGUGUUCUCUCCAUCCAGGCCCUUCGACCACCUGGAGGUCAUCACUACACUCGGGGUUGGUGGCUUUGGACGAGUAGAGCUGGUGAAGGUGAAGGGCAAGGAUAUCACCUUCGCACUGAAGGUCAUCAAGAAGAAGCACGUCGUGGACAACCGGCAGGAAGAGCACAUCCACUCGGAGAGGAAGAUCCUCGCCGAGGCCUGCUCGCCUUUCGUUGUCAAACUGUAUCGCACGUUCAAGGAUGACAAGUAUGUGUACAUGCUGCUGGAGGCCUGUCUGGGUGGAGAGAUUUGGAGUCUGCUCAGAGACAGGGGGAGUUUUGAUGAGCCCACUGCCAAAUUCUGCGUUGGUUGUGUCACAGAGGCUUUCGACUACCUCCAUCGCAAAGGUGUCCUCUACAGAGACCUGAAGCCUGAGAAUCUCAUGCUGGACACUGAGGGGUACAUCAAACUGGUUGACUUUGGAUUUGCCAAGAAAAUCAGAUGUGGCCAAAAGACCUGGACCUUCUGUGGGACCCCGGAGUACGUGGCCCCGGAGAUCAUCCUCAACAAAGGCCACAACUUCAGUGUGGACUUCUGGUCUCUGGGCAUCCUGGUGUUUGAGCUCCUUACUGGCAGUCCUCCAUUCUCAGGGAGUGACCAGAUGAUGACGUACACUUUCAUCCUGAAAGGCAUUGAGAAGAUGGACUUCCCCAAGAAGAUCGCGAAGAGACCCGAGGACCUCAUACGCAAGCUAUGCAGGCGAAAUCCCUCAGAGCGACUGGGCAACCUCAAAAAUGGGAUAACUGAUAUCAAGAAGCACAGGUGGUUUAACGGUUUCAACUGGGAGGGACUGAAGGCCAGGACUUUACCGUCUCCGCUGAAAAGAGAACUCACAGGACCGGGGGAUCACAGCUACUUUGACAGCUACCCUCCAGAUGAGGACAGUCCUCCUGAUGAGCUGUCUGGUUGGGACAUGGACUUCUAA